GGCGGAUUCGCAGACCGGCCACUGGCGGACACAAGCUGUGUAGGUCUCCGCAAUGCCAGUCGGAUCUUAAGCCGCCCGGUUCACCCCGUGAGAAGGAAAGGUCAAAAGAGCCCUGUUCCCACCUCAACCACAGACUCUCGGUCCCAAACGGGCAGGAGAAACAAAAGCAGACAUCGUUCAGUUGGAGUAAAGCGCGUCCUCCGGUGCAGCGCAGCUAUAAGAGGGUUGCUGUAUCCCAAGAACUGCAACGCCGCCUGAAGUGUGUUUAGACGGGGAAAAUGUCAUUGUCUGGGAAAGAAAACAACACUACCCCUCAUGCCAAUUACGUGGGACCGUACCGCUUAGAAAAGACCCUCGGGAAAGGACAGACAGGUCUUGUAAAGCUCGGGGUCCACUGUGUCACAUGUCAGAAAGUCGCCAUAAAGAUUGUAAACCGAGAAAAGCUCAGUGAAUCCGUCUUAAUGAAGGUGGAGCGAGAGAUCGCCAUCUUGAAGCUAAUAGAACAUCCACAUGUAUUAAAGUUGCACGACGUCUACGAAAAUAAUAAAUAUUUGUAUUUGGUUUUAGAGCACGUGUCAGGUGGAGAGCUGUUUGACUAUCUGGUAAAGAAGGGCCGAUUAACACCCAAAGAAGCUCGAAAGUUCUUCAGACAGAUCAUCUCAGCUCUGGACUUCUGCCACAGUCACUCAAUAUGUCACAGGGACCUGAAGCCGGAGAACCUGUUGCUGGAUGAGAAGAAUAACAUCAGGAUAGCAGAUUUCGGCAUGGCAUCCCUGCAGGUGGGAGACAGUCUGCUGGAAACCAGCUGUGGAUCUCCUCAUUACGCGUGUCCUGAAGUCAUCCGGGGAGAGAAGUAUGACGGAAGGAAAGCAGACGUUUGGAGCUGUGGGGUCAUUCUGUUUGCUCUGUUGGUGGGGGCUCUGCCGUUUGACGAUGAUAAUUUAAGAAACUUGUUAGAAAAAGUCAAGCUGGGUGUCUUUCACAUGCCCCAUUUUAUCCCACCGGACUGCCAGAACCUUCUGCGAGGAAUGAUCGAGGUCGACGCCGGCAAUCGGUUAACGUUAGAGCUGAUCCAGAAGCACACCUGGUACAUAGGAGGGAAGAACGAGCCGGAGCCGGAGCAGCCGGUGCCCAGGAAGGUGGCGAUCCGCAGCGUCCCGUCAGCCGACGACAUCGACCCGGACGUCCUGGAGAGCAUGCACUCGCUGGGCUGCUUCCGGGACAAGAACAAGCUGAUGAAGGACCUGCUGUCGGACGAUAAGUAAGAUUAAAAAAAAUAACAGGAAAAGAGGAUCUACUUCCUUCUGUUGGAUCGUAAGGAGAGAUACCCCAGCCAUGAAGACCAGAACCUCCCUCCUCGCAACGAUAUAGAUCCCCCGCGGAAGCGCGUCGACUCACCCAUGCUGAACAGACACGGGAAGAGGAGGCCGGAGAGGAAGUCUAUGGAGGUGCUGAGCGUUACGGAUGGAGGUUCACCUGUACCGGCACGACGAGCCAUCGACAUGACACAACACGGACAAAGUCAAAGCACGUUCAGUAAAAGCUUGGAUAUCCCGGAUGCCAAACGCAAAGCAAAGAGCAAAGAGGAAAGGUCACGGUCCAUCAGCGGCGCGUCCUCUGGUCUCUCCACCAGCCCUCUCAGCAGCCCACGGCCUGUCCGAAAGUUCUGUGUCCCGCCUCAGUGCACUGAGCUGCUCUUGUCCCCCAGUUCUAGUAUCACUGACUCCCUAAAACCAAACUUGGAUCAAAACGAGUCAAAAAAACCCACUUCUAACUCUUUAACGCCAAACUCUAUAUCUGAGUCUCUCUUGCCCUGCCCAAAGACCCAAACUCUUCCAGCCAAACCCAAAGACAAACCCUUACAAUCCGCCCGAUCAAACCCCUUACCUGAAUCUGAGCCUGAACACAUUUCGACAGCCAAGUCAGAACCUUCGACUCCAUGUCAACCUCAAGCACCCUGUAUACCGGGAAGCCCACUGGUGCGGCGGGCAACCCCAGCCUCCAUCAUACCCCCUCAACUCUUGGUCUCCUUUAGGCCUGUUGCCCCUCUUUCCCCUAUCCGACUACACCACUUCCACCCUGUUCCCGGCUCUGACCACACCACCAAAUCUAUCCCCACCAUACAGGUGACCCCCCACCCCUCUCCAAGGGGCAGCCCUAUCCCCACCCCCAAAGGAACACCCGUGCACACGCCUAAGGACAGCCCCACGGGGACGCCGACCCCUACGCCACCCCCUAGCCCCUCCAUCGGGGGAAUGCCCUGGAAGACGCGCCUCAACUCCAUCAAGAACAGCUUCCUGGGCUCACCACGCUUUCACCGCAGGAAACUGCAAGUUCCCACUCAAGAGGAAAUGUCCAGCCUCACACCAGAGUCUUCCCCAGAACUUGCCAAAAAAUCUUGGUUUGGUAACUUCAUCAAUCUAGAGAAAGAGGAGCAGAUCUUCGUGGUUAUUAGGGACAAGCCACUGAGCUCUAUAAAAGCCGACAUCGUCCACGCCUUUCUCUCGAUUCCCAGCCUCAGUCACAGCGUUGUCUCACAGACGAGUUUUCGGGCCGAGUACAAAUCCACCGCUGGCCCCACCGUCUUCCAGAAGCCUGUUAAGUUCCAGGUCGACAUCACGUACACCGAGAGCACCGCGGCCACCAAGGAGAAUGGCAUUUAUUCAGUCACCUUCACUCUGCUCUCAGGUCCAAGCCGGCGUUUCAAACGGGUGGUAGAAACGAUUCAGGGGCAGUUGUUAAGCACACACAACCAGCCGGGAGUCCAGCAGCUGUCUGGCAGCCCAUUGAGUAACUUCUUUGACGUAAUUAAACAACUUUUUUCAGACGAGAAGAACGGUCAGGUGCCUCUUCCACCUGGCACGCCCAACAGACACCCACCUAACGCCUGUCGCCACGACCCUCAGCCUAGUGACUCUAAAUGCCCAGCGGGCAAUCCCAGGGACAAUGCCAAGCUGGUAGCAAACGUUGGGACACAGGAGCAGCCCUAAAACUUUACCAGUCAAGCUUUUCAAACGUACCUACAAAAGAACUCAAAAUGUACAUAAUCUUAGAGGUGAUGGAAUUUUUAUUUGGACAAACUUUUGUAUGAUGGAAUGACUGUUUAAAAACAAAUUCUGACACAAAUCCAGACACAUUUCCUCUUUCACUGUCUCUGCCAUGUCCUUGUGACAGUCCCCCUCCCGAACCCCUGUCGUUUCUACCCCAGAUAUUUUCUUGUCUUUACGUCUGUCUUCCCGUUUUCCUCACCUUUGUGACGGCUUGUCUUUGCUGCUAGGAAUUAUCCAGAAAACGUAUUAAAACUCCGCCCCCCCAAUUCCCUGCACAUCCUGAGAUGGACAGUUAUUGACAGACGGCACUUUUCAUGAUGAACAAGCAGGUUUCCAAGGAGAUGGACACUUCAUCCUUCAUCAUACUCUUUCCUUCCCGCUCUCCGCUCUCUCCGAGGACUAAAAUACAAACACCCACACUUGUUCCCACUCAACCUGUGUGCUCCCCUGCCAUCAUCUCAGCACACCAACCAGUUAAAUUGGUUGACCAGCCGGUGGGAACCGACUGCAAAAAAAAACUGGCUCUGUUCCAAAAUGUAGUGAGCUUCCUCAAGGUAUCUCACUUUGAUUAAGAGACCCUUAAUGCAAUGCAACAAACUUCAUAAAAAUCCAUUAAAGAUGACAGAGAGAGCACUUAAAUCAAUCUAAUAAAACUGAGGACUCAGUAUUUGUAUUUUAUGUGUUUUUAUGCACAUUAAAAUUUGGAGCUAUUAGCUUAGCAACAUGCUAAUGGCAAACUCUGCUGAAAUCAAUUAAGAAUCAAGUAUCCAGUGUGCACAGUGUAAGGAAUGCCAUUUGUAUGUCACAUGGAGUUGCUUCCUAUGAAGAGGGAAGUUGUUAAUUUAGCA